AUGAAAGGAGUUAAGUACAUGACAGUUUUAGAUGCCAAUCAGGGAUAUUUUCAACUAGAAUUAGAUGAUAAAUCCAAGAACUACGCGGCAUUUGUUACACCAUUUGGCAGAUAUAGAUACAAGACACUACCUAUGGGAAUUACGUCAGCACCAGAGUUGUUUAUGAGAGCAUUUGGAGAUAUUUUUGGAGACAUAGAAGGUCUUGAAAUGAUAAUGGACGAUUUCCUGAUCAUAGGCAGUACAUUAGAAGAAUACAAUAAAACAUUGAAACAAGUGCUGCAGAGGGCAAAAGAAAAUCACAUUACAUUCAACAUUAAGAAAGUACAGACAAAGAAAUGGUUUAGUGUACAUGGGAUUCCAGAGCAGGUAACAAGUGGUCUUCCAUUUAACAGCAGUGAAUGGAAACAUUUUGCAGAAUCUUACAAUUUUGUACACAAGACUUCAUCACCAGAACAUCCGCAGGCAAAUGGGAUGGUAGAAAAAUAUGUAGGGAUUGCGAAGAAGAUGUUAAUUAAAUGCAAUGAGACCAGGAGUGAUCCAUAUUUAGCCUUACUAAACAUCAGAAAUACCCCCAGAGAUGAGAACACACGCUCACCUGUUCAGAGGUUGUUUAGCAGAAGAACAAGGACAAUUAUACCAACAUCAGUUGAAAAGUUAAAACCACAGGUAAAACAAUAA